GGACUCACUGGAUCUCCAUUUCUUUUGCAGGCAUUCCAGACUCCUGUGGCUUGUUACUCUUUGGCUGGGAGUCAUCUUUCUAGCUGGAUUCUUCCAUAUGAAUGUAAACAUCACCUCUUCAUACAGAGUGUGGAGGUUUUCCACCAAGCACCUGAGACCCAGUUACCCCCAGACGAACGUGAUGUUUCUCAAGACCCACAAAACUGCCAGCAGCACUGUCAUGAACAUCCUAUUCCGGUUUGCAGAGAAGCACAAUCUGACCUUAGCCCUUCCUGCUGGCCAAAACCACGACCUGGGCUAUCCUCAUCGCUUCAUGGCUCAGUUUGUAGAGGGAUUUAAAACCAUGGGACAAAGCUACAACAUCAUGUGCAACCACAUGAGGUUUAACCUCCCAGAGGUCCGAAAAGUAAUGCCAAACACCACCACCUACUUUUCCAUCAUGAGAAACCCAAUUUCACUGAUGGAGUCCUCCUAUGCCUAUUAUAGUUUUUUUACACCAGCAUUUAGAAGGUCAAAGGAUGUGAAUGAGUUUCUGGCAUCUCCAUGGACAUAUUACAAUAUGAGUGAAUACAGAAAUAAUGUUCAUGCGAGGAACAACAUGUGGUAUGACUUUGGCUAUGAUAACAAUGCAAUGGACACUGAGGACUAUGUUCAGCAUGUCCUAGUGGAGAUUGAACAGGCUUUUCAGCUGAUGCUGCUAACUGAUUACUUUGAUGAGUCCAUGGUCCUGCUGAAGGAGACUUUGGGCUGGGAGCUGGAUGAUGUGGUUUACUUCAAGCUGAAUUCCCGAAGCCAGGACACUAUCAAAAGCAUGACACCUGAGAGCAAGGAAAAGGUAAAAGAAUGGUGCUCAUUGGACUGGAAGCUCUACCAACACUUCAACAGGACCUUCUGGAGGAGAAUUCAGGAGAUAAUAGGGCUAGAAAAAUUGGAUCAGGAGGUGAAUCUGCUGAGAAUGAGACAAAAGGAACUUAUGGAGCUGUGUCUCUUGGACCCAAUGCCGAUAGAUAAGACCAAGAUCAAAAACAAAAAACUUAAACCCUUCCAGUCAGGGCGUGCAAAUAUUCUGGGCUAUAAUCUUAAAGAAGACAUGGCUAAUGAGACUCUGAGAACCUGCCUGAGACUGAUCACACCUGAGCUUCAGUAUAUGUCAUAUCUGUAUGCUCGUCAGUUCCCAGAGAAGAAUGGGAAGAGCACAGCCUUUUCCUUGUGGCGGAGAUGA